AUGGCACUGACUCGUCCCCAGUUACUCAUCCGAGAGCAUUUCCUUGAUCUUCUUUGUGUCCUAUUGUUCCUAACCCGCAAGGGUCUGUCUUGCAGGCUACGUGAUCCUGUAAUCUUAAUUUUUUCGAAGCAAAUUUGAGGGGCUGUAGAAGAGUCUGGGGCCAGCGCACUUCAUGUAAACUCGAUAUUUCAAAACCGUAAAAAUUCAUGUUCACUUAAAAUUAUUUUCACUAUCUUUAUUUAUGUAGCUCAUGCUUUGGGAUUUGGGCAUGAACAAUCAAGAGACGACCGGGAUACAUACGUUAGAAUCCAUUGGAAUAAUAUCAUACCUGGUAAGUUAACUAUCAGAUAAAAUUCAUCGGAAUAAUUUAUAUCAUGUAUAUACGUGGUACUGUAACAAUUAUAUAUAUAUACUCAUGCACUAUAUAGUUGCUGCACCUCAUAUUAAUUUUUAUCUAUUUCUUUCAUGACUUAUUCAAAAGCAAUGAAGUUUAACUUUGAAAAGUAUUCAAAAUCUGAAGUUAACAGCCUUGGGAAAAAGUACGACUAUGCAAGUGUGAUGCAUUAUGGACCGUACGACUUCGCGAAACGAGAUGGGUUAAAAACUAUCUCAAGUUUGCAAAAGGGUAAAAAAUUUGGCAAUAAACCAAAACUGAGCAAACUAGAUAGAGAACAGGCUAGACUGUUAUACAAAUGCAGCAAAGGUAAAUAUAACUCUAUUAACUCAUUUCAUGUUGCAUGGAAACCCGUUAGUUGGAGAAUUCAUCUCUCCAGUGCCAACUGUCUAAUACAGUAAUAGUGCCAACUGUCUGAUAAUUCCAGUUGCGCUGUCUAGUUAUCUAUGGUUAUGUCAAUGCCUUGUGUCAAUGUGUUGUAAUUAUUACUUUCAAUGGCAGAACGUAUAAAAAGAUUCUUGUUAAUAAAUUAUCAGGAACCUUUUAACCAACCAUGUGUUUUCACUAUUAUCACAUGACGAAACCAAAGAUUCAGUUGACGCAAGAAUAUACUUUCAGGACCCAUUCCUAUUUAUUAUAGGACUCUAUAUAGGACUGGAUGUUUUCACAAAAUUAUUUUGCGGUAAUGGUAAUCGAAUUUUGUUCAGGGGACAAUUUCGAUUUCUUGUGAAUAUGGCUAAGCAACACUGAAUCAUGUUUGAAGCAUUUUAACCAAGAUUUGAAAUUUAUAAUUCAGAUUAGCAUCUAUACUUUAUCUGUAUUCAAUUUCCACCGUAUAGGAACGAAGAUCCCCCAACCACCCACUCAAGCACCAAUGCCAUCACCCUCAAGUUCAACAAUUCCACCUGGUUCAGGUUCUGGAUCUGAUGAUGAUUCUAGUUAA